AGGUAAUCAGCAAUGGUUGCCGAAAGUGGUGCAAAACAAGGCUUCAUUGAGCUUGCUAAAGCAGAUACCAGCGCCGACUAUGAUAAAGCACUGAAAAUCGCCAAUAAGAUGCUACGCACAUAUCCAAGAGAAACAUUGGCAUUUAAAUGCAAGCUAGUAGCACUUAUACAACUUAGCCGAUUGGAUGAGGCACUUACCCUGAUCAAGAAGACUCCACCUCACCAUAUGGGGGAUUGCUUGUUUGAAAAAGCGUACGUUUUGUAUCGGAUGCAAGAGGAUGCCGCUGCACUGGAAACACUCGAUAAAGCUUUAGAAAGUGAUUACCGUUGCAUGGAACUGAAGGCACAGUUGCUUUAUCGUGCCGAACGUUUCGAUGAAGCUUUGAAAAUAUUUAUGACUCUACUAAAAGAUCAUUCGGAUGACUACGAUGAAGAACGUUGCGCUAAUUUGAUCGCAGCGAUUGCGCAGUUGCAAGCAAGUGGCCACCAACAGCAACAACCGUCACAUCUGGAUACAUUCGAACAGCUAUAUAAUGGCGCCUGUCAUUUGAUUGAAUCAGGUGGAUAUGAUCAAGCGUUGAAAUUUCUUGAAAAAGCUGAAAAGUUAUGCAGUGAUACUUUAGCAGAGGAAGGUUUGUCAGAGGAAGAAAUCGAGGAGGAGCUAUCCGUAAUUCGAGUCCAAAAAGCGUUUGUUCUUCAGAUGCUGGGCAGACGAGACGAUGCAUUAAAAAUCUAUUUGCGAGUUCAAAACCUUAAUUUGUCAGACAAAAGUGUUAUUGCUAUGGUGGCAAAUAAUAUACCAUCAUGUCGUGUGGAGCAAAAUUUGUUAGAGGCACGAAAGAAGUUAAAAACUGCUCUGCAAGUUGAAAGCUCUAAAUUAACAGCUCGACAACGACGUAUUCUUUUGUUGAAUCAGGCUUUAGUACAUCUUUUCUCGAACCAGCGUGAGCCAUGCCGUCGAACUCUUGAAGAAUUUACCAAGAAGUAUGGUUGUUCAACUGAAGUAACGUUGAUAGAAGCAGCACUCCAUGUUCGUUCGAAAGAGCUCCAAAAAGCACUUACGAUUCUCAAGGAUGAUCCCUCAAAGGAAGCCAGAUUGACAGUAGUGCAAAUUUUGCUUGAUGAAGGAAAAUUGGAGGAUGCCAGCUGUGCGUUGAACGAAGUACCCCCAGACUUGUUUUCUUAUCCGGCAAUUUUACAACUGAGAGUCGCUCUUCUGUUGGCCACAAACCAACAAAAUUUGGCGCUAGAUCUUCUAAAAUCUGCCUUGGAUUCGGCGAAAAAUGAGGAUGGUCGUGUCGCAAUGCUAGAAGAAAUUGCUUCACUCAAUAUCCAAUUAGGAGAUCAUCGUUCCGCUGCAGAAUGUUUCGAAAAACUUUCUGAACUUCGUCCUAAUGAUAUGCAGACAAUGUGUUGUUUGAUUAAAGCCUAUUCAACGUUUAAUAUACCACGAGCUGAGGAGUUAUUGGCGAAGGUAUUUCCACAAGGGAGUAAUACGGAUAUUGAUGUCGACGUGCUGGAGGAUUCGAAUUUUAUUUUAUAUGGUGAACGUUAUCGUCAGAGGAAAGAAACGAAAGCAGAAACUCCUGAUGUUGAAAUAGUUGGUAAUAAAAGAAGAGCACGCAGGCGUAAGCGAAAGAUCAUUUUACCGAAAAACUUCGAUCCAAAAGUACCUCCUGAUCCGGAACGAUGGCUACGAAAACAAGAACGUACAGCAUUUAAGAAAAAACUUAACAAAAAGCACCGUGAUCGCGAUAUCGGCCGAGGCACACAGGGAGCAAUUAGCUCCUCUCCAAAAAUGGAACCACCAACGACGAUGACGACGAAAGCAAACAAUUUAACACAUCCACCAGGGCCAGUGAUAGGUAUGGAGGGUCCGCGUCAGCAAAGACCAGCUGGUCAGCAACAAAAAAGAAGAAAAAAAAAACAGGUAACAAAUGGUGAUUGCAAGAGAUAUGUCUUGUGUAUACUUGGAAAUACCAUGUUUUUUUUGAUACUAAAUUUAAAAAUCAUUUCAUUGGGAGAUGCUGAACUCUUGUUGAAACAAGUGCAUUUCCUAUAUCAUUGCUUUUUAUAAACUUGAUUUGGUUUAAUUUCCGGAACUAAUUAUAUCUUCAUCAAGCAAGUCUCGGAAACGAUUCGCAUUAAAUGUUAGGUUUAUAAAAAGAUAUAUUUAUUAGCAGUUACUUCUCGCUCUGUUAUUCCAUUUUUGCUUCUUAUUAUAGUAUCUUUAAAUCCAAC